UCCGUGUAACCGGGAAGUCACCCUCUGCUACCGCCGCGGUUUCCCAACCCAGGUGGAGAGCUUUCAUCCCAGCGCCCCCCUGCCUUUCCAGCAGCAGCAGCGGCGGCAACCCUUCCCAGCCAGUCGCGAACCCCGCCUCUCUUCCUCCCUGCCCGCCCGCCCGCCUCCCUGCUUGCCCCCGCCUUGCGCCGCUUACUUUGCAGGGCGCAGAGCCCCCAGCCCAUGUGCUCGCCCGGCGCUCCCCUGCUGCGCGCCUCGUCUUCAGCUCCGGCCAGCAGGCACGAUGUCCAGCGCGUCGCACGACCCCUUCUACUCCUCGCCCUUCGGCCCCUUCUACCGGCGCCAUACGCCCUACAUGGUGCAGCCUGAGUACCGAAUCUACGAGAUGAACAAGCGGCUGCAGGCUCGCUCCGAGGACAGUGACAACCUGUGGUGGGAUGCCUUUGCGACAGAGUUUUUUGAAGAUGAUGCAACUUUAACACUUUCCUUUUGUUUGGAAGAUGGACCAAAGCGAUACACCAUUGGAAGGACCCUCAUCCCUCGUUAUUUUAGUACUGUCUUUGAAGGAGGAGUGACAGACCUGUAUUACAUCCUCAAGCAUUCAAAAGAAUCCUAUCAUAGCUCCUCCAUCACAGUGGAUUGUGAUCAAUGCACCAUGAUCAGCCAGCAUGGAAAACCUAUGUUCACAAAGGUGUGCACAGAAGGACAUCUGAUCUUGGAAUUUACCUUUGAUGACCUCAUGAGAAUAAAAACAUGGCACUUUACCAUUAGACAAUACAGAGAACUUGUCCCACACAGUAUUUUAGCCAUGCAUGCACAAGACCCUCAGAUUUUGGAGCAGCUCUCCAAAAAUAUCACUCGUAUGGGUCUGACUAACUUCACUCUCAACUACCUCAGGUUGUGUGUUAUAUUGGAGCCAAUGCAAGAACUAAUGUCAAGACAUAAAACAUAUAAUUUAAGUCCUCGGGACUGCUUGAAAACAUGUUUGUUUCAAAAAUGGCAGAGGAUGGUGGCACCUCCAGUAGAGCCUGCAAGACAGCCAACCACCAAAAGGAGAAAAAGAAAAAAUUCCACCGGUAGCACCUCCAAUAGCAGUGCCGGGAAUAACAUCAACAGCACCAAUAGCAAGAAGAAAGCUGCAGCAGUGAACCUGAGCCUUGCCAGUCAGGUACCUGAUGUGAUGGUCGUUGGGGAACCCACUCUGAUGGGCGGAGAAUUUGGUGAUGAAGAUGAGCGGUUGAUCACUAGACUGGAAAACACGCAAUAUGAUGCAGCCAAUGGCCUGGAUGAUGAUGAAGACUUCAACAAUUCCCCUGCCCUAGGAAAUAACAGUCCUUGGAACAGUAAAAUGUCUACCAACCAGGAGACCAAGUCUGAGAACCCCACACCCCAGGCUUCCCAGUAGAACUCCAUACUUACCCCCUGCUCGACUGGUAUCAGCAACUAACCCCCAUCUCACAGCAUUCCAUAGGUAAGCAGAACAAAAACCUCUAGAUUUUCAACAGAUGUGGAAACUAUUUCUAAAUGUACAGCUUUUGUGAACUAGAAAAACAAUUUAUAAGCACCCAGGAGAUGAUCUCAGAAAUGCUUGUACUUGCAAGAGUUUGGCACUGACCUCAGUGAAACUAAAUAUGUAAGUAGCACCUCAUGACGAUUUUUAGAUUUUGAUGGAGGAUUUUUCCCCAGGAUAAUCUCCUUUUAUUCUAUAAAGGCCAUAUCUUCUGUCAGUGCUCAGGAUCGAAUGACUUUUUUUUUUAACCAUGAAAGAGGAUAUCCUGGCUUUUCUUGUUCUGCAAUAUAAAUGGAAAGAGCAGAAUUUGGAAACAGCCCUUAUUUUCUUUCUGUGCCAUUGAUUUUUAUGGCUAUCCAUUUGAGAAGGCGAGAGGCAGGAGAGAAUUUUUUUUUAAUCAGGCUCCAAAAACAGCUUAUUGUUAUUAUUUAAAAAAAAAACCAGUAGCAAAGCUUUAGCAUUUAGUCUACAUAGUCUGCAACUGAAUCAGCAACUGAGGACCAGAAGAUCUGAUGCCACAUGAUGGAGAAUGCUACUGUAAUGUUUGAAGUUAAAAUAUUUUCUCAAAGAAGGAAACCAAGCUUUCCAGGACACCAAUGAUUCAGCCAUGAUAAUGUGGACUUUAUUAAAGAUCCAAUCAUUCUAAUGUUACUGGUUACAAAAUUCAGCCUUGAGAUUUCAAAUGAUAAGAUUCUAAGCAAUUGCAAUAAAAUCAUAACAAUACCCCAAUAUCUUUUUUGUGGCUCUGAUCCAUAGCAGAGCCGAAAUGUUACUUGAAAACUCCAGUUCCAAAGAUUGGAAAAACUUCUUGGAAGGGGUGUGACCAUUCAUAUCUAGCUAUGUGUCUGGCUAGGAAUAAUUGUCAGAUCAAAGUUACAUAUGUUUCAUUCUACUGAAGUUGGGAUUUGUCAAAAGCCCUCUUUCUCAACAUCUUCAUAAUUUUCUCUUUCCUGACACAAGUUGACCUUUUGCCGUCUUUCCUUCUCUCCCUUUUCUAUUCUUCAUUGCUUUCAGGCAAAUAAUGUAACAGAUUCUAAAUCCAAAAUUUUUCGUCCCCUUGUGAAAAGCACUGAAACAAUUAUAAAUGCCAUUUUGUUUCAUCAAACACAUGACAAAUAUUUUUAUGUGGGAGGGUAGCUGUACCCUAUGAAAGUUUAUGCUUUGUAAAAUUGCUGUUGAUCUGAAUUUUGAAAGCCAUGUAAUCCAUAAAUUUUGUGAACAAUUUGAACAAAAACCAAUUUGGGUUUUAUUGCAUAUUGUUUAUUUGAUUCUCUUCAUGCAUUAUUUCUUGUAUAAUACGUUUUGUA